AUGCCAGGUUCUUACUUCAGGAACCGUGCACUUGGCCCCAGCAACAACGAAAUGAAAGAAGGUCAGCCUACUCAACCCACACUUAGAAGCACAGCAUCAUCUGGCAAGACAGGGAGCAACGACUUCUUCACGCCUUCGAACAUGCAGUCGCCAGCCACCAUCAUGCGUCGUUUGCAUCGUCUAGGAACUGACCUAGACCAAGAAGUGAAACGUCGUCACGCCGCUCGCCGUGCCAUGAUUAAGGCUCAACUUUCAAUGGUCAUUGGGGUUGGUCACUGAGAUCGAAGAGGCGACCCCUUGAGAGAACAGGGGAAAACGAAGGGAAAGGGGAGAGCCUUGAAGGGGGUCCCUUCCGUUCAGAGUCAGUGACCAUUGAAGGCUGAGCUUUAACAUGAGGAGUGCGGCUGGUGCUUUCACCGCUCCGAAAGAGACGAGUUCGACGGGCUCUUCCAACAAGAAACACGAAGAUACUUCCUCCUUACCAGAGGUCAUUCCUACUGCUACCACUAUGACCGGCCUCACAAGUCCUCGUCCGCAAACUGCUCCUGGACAAGGUAAUGACAUCUAUGCAGAGUUGCUACGUGAAAAUCGUCGUGGUCAACAUCAUGCAGCUGGUCGUGGUAAGGGCGGCAAUAAAGGCAAAGCAGUAGGUAAAGGAGAUCAGAAGGGAGGUAAAGGAGAUCAAAAGGGAGGUAAAAGAGAUCAAAAGGGAGAGAACAAGGGUGGCGUUGAUAAAGGUGGAAACAAAGCAGCCAACAACAAAGGUGAAGGAGCCGUCAAAGAUCUCUCGGCAGGUAUGGGCAAAGGCUCAACCUCCAAUGGAAGCAAAGGCGGUCUGCAGCAAGUGUCCCGACCGAAAUACGCAGGGAAGCCAUCUCGUGACAUUGAUGUCAACCUUCGCGAAAAGUACAUCGAAGCACAUCGCAAGUUCUGGGCUAUGACGCCGAAAGAGCGUCAGACCUACUCCACUGCUGCUUGGCAGAGAUACCAACAGAUCAUGCAACAAAAUCAACCUGCUGCAGCUGGACAGAAUCAGAAAGCGACAGUCACAGAAAGUGAAAAGAAGGAAGCCUCAAAAGAUGGAAAUACGUUGCGCAAAUUGAAGGCCGAACUCGGUGAAGCUUAUAUGAGCGAUGAGGAAAUGAUGCUGUUUGAAUCGUACUUAUAUAUCUUUAUCCUUGAGCAGGGCUACAACUGCAUUGACUACAUUUUUCUGCAAACCGUCGAUUGUUUGAAGAGUUCUAUAAUUUCAUGUUCAUCUGUAUUCAUUUUUGUGCCAUUCCUCCCAAAAACAGGCUGAAAACCCGCUAUCCCUGGAUGGAUGAGGUUGUCACUCGCGAUCGCACUCAGGGAAUGCCUGCCCCUAAGGAUGCGCAAUCUAUGGCCGAACAUUUGAAGAACGAGGUCUUGGAGGAUCCAGCUUUUCGCAGACUAAUGCAACUACACGGCCACAGCGAAGAAGCCAUCCGCAAGUUGCAACAGGAUAUUCCGGAUUACAAUGAAGAUUAUGAAAAGAGGACUUAGAUUGUAGAGUGUUGUAAGAGGAUUUAGUAGAGUUAGAAGAUGGCCUUUAUUGUUGUGAUCGAGUUUGAGGUUGCUGAGAGGAUCACCCCUCGAACUGAAUAAACUAGAGUCAUGGAAGCUACAACUACUAGAAGUAUGGUACCAAAGCAAAUGAAACAGAAACAGACACACACACUUGCGUAAAGAUCAUACUGUCUCUUGCUUAGUACUAGCUGCUCUAACCUCCGCUUUCCCCCGAGGCUAUGGAAUGGCGCCGUCUCGAUGCCACAGUGGGCAGUGGCUUCCUCAAGGAAGUGAAGGCGUAUGAAAAAGCAAAGAAGACCCUAGAGGAGGUCGACAAUCUGAACCCUGACGUCGACGACCCUCGACGUCGUUUGCAGGCCGACUAUGCUCAUAUGCUCAGUGGUACACGAGUUGAAAGACGAAACUUGAUGAUGUCCACCUCCGAGGAUGAAAUAGUGGCCGCCUCCUCGACAUCGUCCUCGAGCAGCAGUAUGGGAAUUUCGGUUGAUGGCCUCGACCAACAUCAGGGGGAGUACUCCUACAACGACGUAAUGGAGGAAUUGGGUCGUCCGGGUCUCGAUUGGGUGAAACUGCGACCAGGCACACCGGAAUACGAACGUCGAUUCUUGAUGCCAGCAGGCAAUGUGAACCAAUUGAGGGUGCUGCGCGAUCAAGAUGGAAGUUCUGGCGGACUUCGUUAUUUGACCACAUCGAAUGCUUCGAAUGUUAUGGCAGAUGGAUGCUGUUGAUGUGGAAGUGGAUCUUGUUGUACUAGCUUAGUCUAUCAUGAUCUGAUGUGGAACAAGUGGAUCUUGUUGUACUAGUAGCUUAGUAGAUCAUAUUUAGUACAGCGAGGAAAGCGAAAAAUACUUGUACGUCUACAUCAUCUACUAGUACCUCUUGUAUCAUGUUUCGCCAUGACGCGCUUUAUUCAAUCAGCAUCAAACUUGGCCAUGAUUUUAGCAUACAUCUCACCUCUCGUCUAAUCCCCGCACCGCUUCGAACGCGACUACCACCACGACUGCCACUGUGACUUGCCCCGCUGGUACCUUGGACUGGAGCGACAGUUCCAAAUGGCCUCCCAAUGCCAAGAUCGAUCAAGUUCCAUCUUGCGCAUUGCCUAGUCUGAGUCAGCAACAGCUCACAGACCUGGGUUUCUUCGAUCAAGUGCAUACAACCAAGGUCGUUUCCGGAAACGACGCGGUGUCCGAAGCCGUGUCCGCCUUUGCUGCCUCUGUGGCGGAAAAGAUGCCCGCCAAAAAAGUCAUUUCCUAUGUGGUGCAGACCAUCACAGCCGUGAAUCUCUUCCGCGAUGCCUCCUCAGUGUAUCUGCCCAAAGACCGAUACAGGGAAACGGUCACCGAGACGUACGUCACACCGAAUGUGUUGGAAGUGCAUGUGAUGAUAGCUGUUUUGCCGAAACGAGUGCAGUUGUUAAGGCUAAAAAUAUUCAAUGUUCUUGAUGUAGUUCUUUGUUUCUCUUGACAGUAAGCAUGCAUAAGUAAGCUCAUCCAUAAUUACAAGCAGCUCUACUACGUCCACAUCUACAUCAUACUAGAACUAGAUCUUCACUCUACUAGAACUAGAUCUUCUAGAAGAAAUGAAGGCCCAAGGAUUACGACCGACCUCCUCACAUCUACAUCUACUAGAACUAGAUCUAGAAGAUUACGAGCCACCUCUUCCUCCUCUGCCUCCUCCUCCUCUAACCCCUCAGCGUUUGUGCCCCAACCGACACCUCUGCCUCCUCCUCCUCUAACCCCUCAGCGUUUGUGCCCCAACCGACAGAUCCAGGGAGAGCGUUUGAGCAACGCCUUUGCUCAGGGUCGCAGUGUUGA